AUGGGACUGAACGCUGACAACAUUCGACUCAAGGCCAUCAACCACAUCACCUACAACGUGCGGGACAAAGAUGCGGCCCUGAAGUGGUAUCAAGAAGUGCUGGGAGUUAAGCAGAUUCCCUCAAUGGUAAACAACGAUAACCUGUACUGGCUCCAGCUGCCCAGCGGCGCAAUGGUUCACAUCAUCGAGAACCCUGACGCUCCGUCCGCUCCGUCGCACCACACCGCCUUCGAGGUUGACGAAAUCGCAGCGGCCCGCGAGGAACUGCUGAGUAUCGGCGUGGAGUGCACCGACAUCCAAACCCGUAACGAUGGUCAGCAGGCGUUCUACUUCCACGACCCGGACCACAAUCGCCUGGAAAUCUGCACCAAGUCCGGUUUUGGCGUUCUGGUGUAG